AUGAUUUCUACGGACCCCGUGGUUAAGUUAUACUCAACAUGCUUCAUUGUUAUUGCUUACUUCUUCAUCAGGGGUCCACAGCAAAGGAAAUACCGAGUUGGUAUUGAUAACUUCCUUGUGUUACUGAUUGGCGGAAUUCUUAUUGCAAUGCCAACUGUCCUUUCAGUUACAAUGGCUAUUGGUUCACACAAAUUGUCUCAGCAGGGUGCUAUAACAAAGAGAAUGACUGCAAUGGAAGAAAUGGCCAGAAUGGAUGUCCUAUGCAGUGAUAAAACAGGCACAUUAACUCUCAACAAGCUUACAGUGGACAAGAAUCUAAUUGAGGUCUUUGCUGAUGGAGUUAAUCAGGACAUGGUUGUACUUAUGGCUGCAAGGGCAUCAAGGCUAGAGAACCAAGAUGCAAUUGAUUGUGAUCAGCUUGCAAUUACUAAGGAAACAGGAAGGCGUCUUGGAAUGGGCUCUAACAUGUAUCCUUCUGCGUCGCUGCUAGGAGAAAGCAAAGAUAAUUUUGCUUCUGUUCCCGGCGAUGAUCUUAUAGAGAAUGCAGAUGGUUUUGCUGGUGUCUUUCCUGAGCACAAAUAUGAGAUUGUGAAGAGCUUACAAGCUAGAAAGCACAUUUGUGGGAUGACUGGUGAUGGAGUGAAUGAUGCACCAGCUUUGAAGAUAGCAAACAUAGGUAUCGCUGUAGUAGAUGCAACAGAUGCUGCAAGAAGUGCCUCUAAUACAGUUCUAACAGAACCUGGGUUGAGUGUGAUCAUAAGUGUUGUUUUAACUAGCCGUGCAAUUUUCCAAAGAAUGAAAAACUACACAAUAUAUGAUGUAUCUAUCACCAUCCGUAUUGUGGUUGGCUUUAUGUUACUCACAUGCAUUUGGGAAUUUAACUUUCCUCCCUUUAUGGUUCUUGUCAUAGCCAUUCUCAACGAUGGUAUUACUAUCUGCUCUCAAAUACCAUAUUUAAAAUGCAUUAUUUGGAGGAACCAAAUGGCAUCUUGUGGACAUGGACAUGGCCAAAGAAGAGGUCAGAGAGAUAAUGAAGAACUUGAAACCACUGGAAAUAAUCCGGUAAACUUCAUGGCCGCAUUAGAAAACAUGGUUGCUGCUAUGCAGGCCACAGCUGAGGUACUAGGGCAACAAGCUGGUAAUGGGAAUGGAAGUAACGAUGGUAACGGGUCGAUGACCUUAGCUACAUUUCUGAAAGUAAAUCCACUCAUUUUUUGGGGAACGACGAACCCUACAGAAGAGGACAAUUGCUUUCAGGCUAUGGAGAGAGCUCUACAAGCUCAACAAGUGCCUGAGGACUGGUAUGUUGAGUUCGCCACAUAUCAGUUGAUGACAGAAGCUCAGUUCUGGUGGCAAGGAGCUCAUCGUCUUCUAUAG